AUGCGUGGAUGCAGGCUUCUCGCGAGGGACCAACAAACAAAAGUAGGGCAACAUACUCUACUGAAAGAGCCAGAGCCACCACAGGUUAGUGUUGGAUUGGAGGUUUUAAAGAAUGAAUUAUUCAUUGGAGGAUUGGAAAGGUUUAUGGACACUAGGCAGACUCGUACGCGGCAGCAGGAUUGGAGGGACAGGACAGCGUUGCAACAUUCUCCGACAGUGGCAAUUGAUGUGUUGCCUAUUACAGUCGUAAGCCAUCUACAAGCUUUGCUGAAUACUUUGUUCAUACAAAAACCGUUGCUCGAUUCAUUGGGUUUUGUUUUUGAGACGUCUAAUCACAGAUUCUCAGAAGUGGGAAAUUCAACUUUUGGAAUGGACACUGAUUCGAUUUUAAAUUUGACACAUCCGACUCGUGAUCAAAGAAAGAGGCCUUUGGUAUGGGGCCACAAUGACUAG